AGGGAAUAUUCUUUACCACAUAAUUCUGGUUCUGCCAUUGGUUGUGCAAGUCGUGACAGGGAUUAACGGAGUAUAAAGCACACCAGACUCUCACUGUAAUCCACACACCUGAGGAAGAGACAGUCUGAGGACUACCGCACAUCACCGGACGGCCACACUCAGAAAACCACAAGAUGUCAGGACCGAAACAGACAGUAAUGGCCUUCUCCACCACUCUGGUUGCAAUACUGCUCAUCCUCUCCACAGUGACUCAGUCAGCAGAAUCUUCAGACAACCUUCAACCAACACAAUGGACACUCAGCCUGGACCUAUCAGAGCCCACGAACACUAUACUACCUGUAAAUGGUAGUGAUGUGGAGGAGCCUCGUGUUCUGAGGAUGUCAAGACCCUGUAAAGACGAAGACGCUGACUACUGCCUGAACGGACAGUGCAUGUACCCACCUGACAGCAGUACCCCUGCCUGCACGUGUGACCCGUCCUAUAGUGGCCCUCGCUGUGGUCUGUUGACCCACCAGGCGACGCUGUGCAAGUUUUCCCCAACAGAGGAGGUGAUUGGCAUCUGUGUGGGCGUGGCCUUGCUUGUCUGCUGCCUCGCUGGCGUUCUCUACUGCUGCAUCAAGAGAAGGUGUGACAAAAAAUAUCUUCCUUAUAAGACCUACGGUGGCUCGGAGAACUCAGUUUAGUUUACCAUCACCACCAAGUAUCAUCCUUAUAAGACCUACGGUGGCUCGGAGAACUCAGUUUAGUUUACCAUCAUCACCAUCAUCAUCAUCACCACCAAGUAUCAUCCCUAUAAGACCUACGGUGGCUCAGAGAACUCAGUUUAGUUUACCAUCAUCACCACCAUCAUCAUCACCACCAAGUAUCAUCCCUAUAAGACCUACGGUGGCUCGGAGAACUCAGUUUAGUUUACCAUCAUCACCAUCACCACCAUCAUCAUCACCACCAAGUAUCAUCCCUAUAAGACCUACGGUGGCUCGGAGAACUCAGUUUAGUUUACCAUCAUCACCAUCAUCAUCAUCACCACCAAGUAUCAUCCUUAUAAGACCUACAGUGUCUCAGAGAACUCAAUUUAGUUCGAUCUCUCUGUUACUUUUUCAUCACCAUCACCAUCAUCAUCACCACAAUGUCUUCCCAUAACAAAUUAAGGCUAUUUAUUGAAAUAUCUAAAAUAACUUAUUUUUUAUGUGAGCAUGUAUUUAAUAUUUUUUGUAAUAAAUGUUUUUUUAAAUCGAA